CUGCGCUUUUGGCAAAAUUCUUACAUUCUCUCGCACGAUCCGAUCUUCCUCACGAUGAAGGUCGCCGAUCUACUCUCGGAUCUCACGCAGUUGCAGUUUGCUGACCCGGGCGCCGCUCUCGCACUCGUGUCAGCAAGAUCGAGCGCGGCGGGAAGUGCAGCAGCGAACGGAGAAGUCUCGUCGAACGGACGCCAUGAAGACCCGGAUUUGAAGCGAGCAAAGGACCUUCUCGACUUGCACAAGACUGUCAAGCUCGCCCAUCCCGAUGCUGAGCCCGAUGCGGCGCUGAAGAAGGCUCGUGCAGAUGUAGACAAGGUCCUGCGCGAGCUGUAAACUCACUGCGUAUGUUGUUGGCGAGGCUCGUGGACCUGCUGGCUCGCGCAAUGCAGCUUGAGCUUCAGACCAGUGCAAACGCCAGUCCUAGACGCGCCAUUGUCAAGUCAUCACAGGACCAUACGCCAAGCGAGUAUUUUGACGUCCUUGCCUAUCGCAGCACUGCAACACCCUCCAAGAUUCCUGGCUGUGCCCGACCAAACUGCAAAGGCUUCGCGUUCGCUUUCGCACUGAAGCAAAACUGCACGACCAUGGGACGUGAACAGAUGUGAGCUUUCUUAUUUGCUUCGCCGCUCCACAACUUGGUCUGGCUCGACGCCUUCCGCUCGACGGCCUUGGCGUCGCAGCCACUUGCACCACGAUCGAAUCACUGCUGCUGGCAAGCACCACAAUCACGAUGCUCCACGGAACUGAAUGUACACUGCGACUCCGCGACAUCGCUGUUGUUCGAGCUACGUGUCCUCCAUACUGCAUCACGUACGAACCUCGCACCUCAACAAAGAUGUCAUCAGCACAAGCAUUUUGCCAAGGGCGAGGGAUUUGUCUUCGGUGAUAGAGAGUGAUCGUCCAGAGCUACAUGGUGCACGACAUACACUGAUGGACUGUGCAAGCAACGAAGUCCUGAUAGUACAUCGACCGACCCGAUUUGCUCACGAUGCUCAAUCUGUUCUCAGCUGAUGCCAAGAAUAAACUCACUUUCAUCCUUCCGCCGCAGCUGAACCAGUUAGCAUGCUUCUAAAAUGCCACAUCAGCCCAGAUGGCCGCAUUUGCAGGGGCGGUGCUACCAGAACCCCGCCACCACGCUGACUACGCAGCAUGAUGGGAGAUUCAGGUGCAUACCGGGAC